UUUUUGUGGGGGGCGGGAGCAGCCAACACCAAAUGCUUAUAGCUGGUAUAUCUCCACCUAUUCAAUAAUUUUUGGGGUUCAAUAUUUUUUCAGUGCAAUUUAUAAUAGGCAUCAAUUAUUUAUGGUUUCUCCCUAUUGGCGGUUGGGCCCGGAAUAUCACAAAGACCUGAAUCUGAACCGAAAAAGUACCGUUUCCGUCUGCUUCUGUCGUCCAACUGGAAACCGUGUUGACGUGGAGCGACAAAAAGUAAAACAAGAAAAACAUGAAAUAGGAAAAAGACUAAACCGCGACGCUCAUCGCCAAAAUAAGUGUCGGGACUCGAGAACCAGAUUGUGGCAAUUGGAGUCCAGUCGGGUGGCGGGCGCCCACUGACGCCCGCGUUGGCCGUCUAGGAUCAUUGUGGACUUGCUGAAGAUGAACGUGGCCCCCCAAGCGGUCUUCCAGACUCUGAAGGCCAUGUGUGCCGGCCAGAGGGUCCCCGAGAGCAGCGACGGCGGCGGCGGCGGCGGCGGCGGCAUCCCCUCCGCGAAGGCGGAGGCCAGAGAUGAGAGUUCGAGCUCCGGGAAGAAUCCUAAGAUGCCCGCGGGUGCCCCCGCGGCGCCCGGACCCCGAAGCGCCAGGGUCGGCGCCAAGAUGGCGGCCUACGGCGGCCAAGACGUCGGAAGCGCUCCUCACGCUCAAGGUCUUGCUCCAGUGUUUGCUUUUUCGUCUGCUGUCCUCGCGGCCUCGAUGAUCGCGCGUGUCUGUGCCACAUGUUUGCGUAGCCGCACGUCAACGUACACCCAACAAUGUUGUCAUUUAGAAGUUGCGGUGUCGACGAAGCAUGUGUGCUUCAUUUUGGUAAAUCGCUCAAAUAAUAAUAAUAAUAAUAUGCCACAAAAAGCUUUAUUUUUACAUACAUCUGGAUUAUUUAUACUGCAGAAAAAUGACAACAAUGUUUAGGCUGCAAGUCACACAGUGUUUAAAAUAUUUCAAUGAGGAAAAACAGUAUAUCUUGGUGUGCUUAGAAAGAUAAUGCAGUAUAUUGGACCGCUUCAAUAAUAUUUGAUUACCCCGAUAGCCUUGACUGCAUCAACCCUUUCGCAGCGACGCGUUUUGCUGCGCUCCCCGAUGAGAGAUGCCUCAUCUCUUCACGUUUUUCCCAUAUCUUCUUGCGGUUCAUCAGCAGCGCGAAGCAAAGCGACGAGCGCCGCCGACAAGGCGCGCGAGGGGUCUGGCCAACGGGCGCAGCGUCAGCCCAGCGCCAAC